UGAACCGACUUGCCUGCUGCUGCCAGAGGCUGAGCCUGAGACGGAUUAGAAAGACAUGCGCCAGUCGGUGGCGACGCAUGCGCAGUCUCCGUUUGGACUUUAAGUGGAGCACACCACACCACAUCCAGCGAAAGUGAAAGGAUUACAGCAUGGCACUGCAUUUGAUUACUUUGGGCGUCUGCAUCUGGUUCCUGCUGGCUGCAUCCGCACAGCAUGUGCAGAGGCAGGCCUUGGACAAUGUGUUUCAGGCCUACAACCUGGAGCUGGCGUUUCCCUCGCAGCUCGAGCGGGAGCGAGUGCUGCGUGAAGGUCUCUACGAUCCCGCCAAUGUGAUUCCCAUCGAUGUGGACGUGUACUAUAAACAUGGCGAUCCAACGCCCUCAAUCUUUGUGACCAUCCCGCGCUUUGGCAAGGGCGUGCCCUAUUCCCUGGCCUAUGUAACCAACGAGCUGACACCGAAUGGAACCCUGCUGCAGCCAUAUCCAAGCUACGAGUGGCACAAGACGCAUGGCGCCGAUUGUAACGGCCUGACUUCCGUCUACAGGACUCAGAUUGAUGACUGCGGACGGCUGUGGAUCCUGGACAGCGGCGAGAUCGACUUCGUUCAGCUGUGUGCCCCCCAGUUGUAUGCCAUUGAUCUGGAGAGCGGCAAAGUGGUGCAUCAGUACCGCAUGCCGAAGCGCCUCUACAAGGAGGGCGUUAGUCGCUUCGUCACGCCCACCAUUGAGCUGGAUUCGCACAAUUGCGAUGUGGGAUUUGUGUACAUGGCGGACUCCAUCGGGGACGGCAUUGUGGUGUACGAUGUGGCCGCCCAGCAGUCGUGGCGCAUCGAGAACAAGUACACCUAUCCGCAUCCCGAUUUCGGAACCUUUACCAUUGCGAAAGAGAGCUUCCAGCUGUGGGAUGGAACUGUGUCGACCACUCUGACGCCCCAUGCCCUGGGCGUGAAGCGAAUGUUGUACUUCCACUCCCUGUCCAGUGACUGGCAGAUGGCCAUACCCCUGGACGUGGUCAACAAUGGCAGCAACUGGAAGCUGAACGACGUGAGCGCCGCCCUGGAUCAGUUUGUGGUGCUGGGGAAGCGGGGCAGUCAGUGCGUGGCUGCUGCCAUGAGCGAGACGGGAAUGCUGCUCUGUGGCCUGGUCAAGCCAGCCAGCAUUCUGGCCUGGAACACCCAAACACCCUACACGCAUCAGAAUCUGGUCAUGCUCAUCGAGGAUGAGGAGCGACUCCAGUUCACGAGCGGCCUCAAGAUCGUGCGGAAUCACGAGGGAAAAGAGGAGCUGUGGGCCCUAUCGAAUCGCUUGCAGAAAGCGUUUGGGGCCGGACUCAACUUCAAGGAGAUCAACUUUCGCAUACAGAAAUGCGGAGUUCAAGAGCUGCUCAGUGGCGGGCCGUGCUACUGAUUGGGAUUGUCGUUAGUUGGUCUUGCUACUAAAUAAAACUGAUAAGAAUUUGA